CCUCUCCCGCCUCCUCCUCCUCCUCCUCUUCUCCCCGAGGUGGAGGAACAGAGAGACGUCAGGCCGGACCGGAGAUUAGCAGUCGCUUUAAGUGGAUUAGAAAGCAGCCGAGUUUGGGAGAAGCGAGCGGAGAGUGAGCGGAGCGGGCGCCGCUUUCCCCUCUCAGGCUUCAGCCUCUCUCUCGCUCGCUUUCUCUCUGGAACUGAGGCGCCCCGCCAUGCCCCAGACAGUGGCUCUGAGCGGCCCUUCGCCGUGGGGCUUCCGGCUGGUCGGGGGCAAGGAUUUCAGCACCCCGCUGACCAUUUCCAGGAUUAAUCCUGGAAGUAAAGCCGCCCUUGCCAGCCUUUGCCCAGGUGAUGUCAUCUUGUCAAUUAAUGGUGAGAGCACAGAAAACAUGACACAUCUAGAAGCACAAAACAAGAUCAAAGCUUGCCUGGAUCAGCUGACCCUAUCUGUGAACAGAGCUGAAAGCAAGGGUUGGGUCCCUAAUAUUUUAGAAGAUGGAAAAGCACAAGCUUAUCGAGUCAAUGUAGAACCAGAGCCACAGGAUAAUGGACCUGUUCCAAAUAGGAGACCAGCAACAUUUCCACCCGGAGGAAGUCCAACAGACAACAAACAGAUAUCGAAUGUGCAGUACAAUAACCCCACGCGGCUAUAUACAAACAACAAUGCAGAUUCCAGUUUACCAUCACAGAUGAGUAGUCUGCAUAUCACAUCUCCCCACAGUGCUGACCCUUUGAGGUCCCUACCAAGAAGCAGAAAUGGAAUUGACAUGGACUCAGAUGUGUACAAAAUGCUGCAGGAUUAUGAAAGACCAGUUUCAGAACCCAAGCAGUCAGGAUCUUUCCGAUAUCUGCAAGGCAUGUUGGAAGCAGGGGAAAAUGGUGAAAAACAUGACAGGCUGACGAGUCCAAGACAUGUUAAAUCUCCAGUAUCCAAAUUGGCUGGAGCCAUGCCUGGCUUACAGAUGCUCCCCGAGUGCACCAGAUGUGGCAAUGGAAUUGUUGGCACAAUAGUGAAAGCCCGUGACAAGCUCUACCAUCCAGAAUGUUUCAUGUGUGACGACUGCGGCCUCAACUUGAAGCAAAGGGGCUACUUCUUCAUUGAGGAACAGCUGUACUGUGAAAUGCAUGCCAAGGAAAGGGUUAAGCCGCCAGAAGGAUAUGAUGUGGUUGCUGUUUAUCCCAAUGCUAAAGUUGAACUUGUCUAAAUAGAUACUCUUAUUUCCUGGAGAGGUCAAGAGGUGGCACACCCACCCACAGGCACAGGCACUGUUUUAAAGCAUGGCUGUAAUCAACUCUGAUUAUUCAAGUCUCAGUAAAAUGUCUUUUCAGAGAUAAAAUGGUUUGCACUUGGGAUCUCAAGGGGAUAGUGCUGAAAGGCCUCUCAAAAGGAUUUCUCUCUCCUUUUGACACUUGCUUUUGGGUUGCUGUGUUGCUGUUUGGGUGGGUUCUGUUUUGUUUCAUUUUUUUACUGCACAUAGUUUCCAUCAUACCCCAAUCCAAAACCUGUGUAAAUAUGGGUGCUUUUUAAAACACUGUUUCAUAUAAAACCAGUAUUUCUUUUAUUCUGGACUCAGCUCGACUGUAAAGAAAAAGCGAUUUAUAUGCGUUGUAUGUGCGAUAUAACAUUGUGUCACCAGGUGGCAACGUGGAGUCCAGUUUUUCUCUAUCUGUUUUCCCUGUUUAAAUUUACAACGUUUUUAAACUGAAACGCUUCUUUGAUGUGUCUAGAUCCAGCCUCUGUCUCAUUAUAAAAGAUAACGAAGACUGCAUGAAAGCUCCAUGAAAAGAAGGCACUUUAAGAAAUGACAUUGACAUUUUACAUGUUAAAGCGUUGCAUCACAUUUACUUUUGUCAGUAAUAGAGAUAUGCCACAAAGAUUGCUUUGUGGCUUUCAGAGUGAUAGAAAACUGAGGCCACGUGUAAUGAGAAUUUUAAAUAUGAAGCUGGCUGCAUGAGUUUCACCAAGAAACUUGGGAAUGAACAGGUAAAGGACUCGUAAGAACACAGAUAUAUAUAUAAAAGGUAAUGUCCUGGUUGCCACUUCCAAACAAUACUAUUUAUUACAUGUAAGACUAAUCAUUAACAUUUAUCAUUCUGGCGAUAUCUGUCAGUAGCAGCUAGAGCUAUCCACUGGGGCUUGUGCUCCAAUACUGCCUUUCUUGUUAUACCAGAGAAAAUAUCCUGGGAAACCCAAUGGAUGGUCCCCCAUUGACUGGUAGUAAUGAACAGGUUGGAGACCCUGUUAAGUUUCCUCAGGUCUUUCCAGAUCAAGGGGACCCUAAUAUAAUUUCCAUUGUGGCACCAAACUAUAACUGUGUAAACCACUGUUGUGCCCUGCAUAAAAAUGUUUAAGAAAGAUUUCACAUAUAUAUUGUACAUGUGGUUUUCUCUCUCUCAUCUUUGAGAAAGCAUGGCUUCUUUUGCAGAUAUUCUUGGUUACUGAAUCAUCUAGGCACCUACAUUUAUUCUUUCUUUCUUUUUAAUAAAACUUUGAACAAAGGGCUUUACAUGCCAGCCAAAAACACUUUACUUAAAACUGCUUUCAGAUACAAUGAAGUUGACCUGGUCAACACUAUGUGCGGAACAUCUACAUCCAGCCUAGGAUGAAAAGAAAAAUAAUUCAUUCCAGAUUCUGUUCUUAGGGCAAGGCAUCAGACCUAAGUAUCAUAGACAUUUAGGAGCUUUCAAGACAAUCUUUGUGUAGCACAACAAUUGCACAUUUGUUAUUCAUUUGUUACAUUUGAAAUUGUCAUGAUAGACACAAAUUGUUCAUUUCUUGAGAGGAAUUAUGUCAUCACCAAUCCUGAUUACAGAGCUAUUGGGGGAGGGAACCCCUGCAGUUUUUGAAUAGAAGGAUAUGACCGAGACCUUACAGAAGUCAACUCCUGAACUCAAGUAUAAACAAUCCAGAUGUGAAUAUGAGGGUGGAGUGCUCAGUGGCCCUUGUGCUCUCCGAAACAGUGAUUGCCCUGGGCAGCCAAACUGCUAAUCCUAAGUGUAAAGGGGAGGAAAUAAACUUUCUAUGUCUAAA